GAGACGGAGUGCAAGAACGACAUGACAGAAGAAAGUAAUAAUACGGCAGAAUCGCUUGCCGGCCAAACGCAAACACAGCAUGGUAGCAUCAUCACCAUCCAAACCAGUCUGGGAGACGAAGAUGAAGAUGUUCACAAAUGUGGGCGAUGCGGCGUGGAGUUUUCCGCUUUGGAUGUCUUCAUUCAGCACAAGCUUAGCCGGAUCUGUAAACGUCCUUUACAGGACCUACAGGUGAAAGACUGCAAUAAAGAUGGAGAGCUGGCGAAUGAUACAGAGAGAUCCUCAAUGGAUGAAGGAGAUGGCAGAUUAACCAGCACGAACAUAAGGCCAGGUCACGUGACAAAGGACCAUGUCAAGUCUGAAAACAAAGAUAGUUCAGAUCAUACUAAAUCUGCCUUGAAGCUCAGCGAGGACGGGCGCUACGUUUGUCAUAUAUGUGAGAAGACUUUCAAAACGGCAAAUAUCCUGAGGACACACUUGUCCAUUCAUACAGACAAGAAGGACUUCAAGUGUGACCUUUGUGAGACUGCAUUCCGAACCAAAGGCUCUCUGAUUCGCCACAACAGACGGCACACGGAUGAGCGGCCUUACCAGUGCAAUCAGUGUGGCCUCUCCUUCAGAGAGUCUGGUGCACUGACGAGACACCUGAAGUCACUGACGCCAUGUAUAGAGAAAAUCCGGUACAGCCAGUGCAGAGAGAUCCUCUUCAGCAAGAAUGGUGUUUGCACAGAAGUACAGCAGCCUCCUGUGCUCCCUGACAAAGAGCAGCAGCUGCCUGUGGUCAGUGUGGUGCAGACAGUUCAAGAUGCUGUUCAUAUCCAGGUGGUAGAAAACCUUGGAGAAGUUAAUCAGGUGGUAUCGCAGCCUGUAGCUGAAGCUGUUGCAGAAGGAGACAGUCUAAUCUGCCAAGCCAUCAUCAACUCGGGCAUUGCUCUGGAGACUGAAGCAACGGAGGCGGCAGAGCAGGCAGAGGCCCUGUCACCUAAAGGGGUCCUGCAGAAUCCUGAGGCUGAAGCGAGAGUCCCGGAGGUUCAGGUGACUGAGGAGUGUGUGGAGGUGGAGGCAGAGACUGUGGAGACUUCAGAGAAAGACACCGAGCGCUCCCCUUCAAAGUCACACAAAUGCCCUCACUGUCAUCGAACAUUCAGAACAACGUCUCACUUGCGCAUCCACGUAAAAGGGCAUGCUGGUUACAAACCAUUUAAAUGUGUGAAUUGUCACAAGGAGUUCUUCACAGGCUACAUGCUGAAGAAGCACAUGGAGAUGCACGUGACUGAGCGCCGGUACAAGUGUGGUGAGUGCGGUAAGCUGUUCAAGGCUAUCGGGCACGUACGUGAGCACAUGAGGGCACACUCCAAUGACCGUCCACACCAUUGCACCCUCUGCAACAAGAGUUACAAGACUAAGAAUGCACUUCAGGUGCAUCAGCGCACACACGGUGAAGACAAACCAUACGUAUGUUCACACUGCUCUCGGGCAUUUCGGGAGAAAGGUGCUCUGGUGCGUCACAUUCGCCACCACACAGGAGAGAAACCUUUCAAAUGCUUCAAGUGUGGCCGUGGAUUUGCUGAGCACGGCACGCUGAACCGCCAUUUACGAGCGAAAGGAGGGUGCUCUGCCGUGCAGAAGCCGGAGCAGGUGGUGAACCCUGAGGAGCAGCAGGAGUGUGACAGAGUGGCAGCCGCCAUCAUUUCUGACGAUCCCCAUACUGUGCUGGUGGAAUUUUCUUCUGUGGUAGCUGAUACUCAGGAGUACAUCAUAGGGACACCAACGGAGGAGACGGUCGAAGCAGAGGAGGUGUCUGUCCCGAGUAACAAUCAUAACCAAUUGGACAGUCAAAUCAUAAAGGUGGUGCAACAGGUUGUGAAUCAGGUGCAAGACGGUCAGCAGAUCAUCGUACGUAACGUGGAAGCCAACGAGAAGCCUGGCGUUUUCGACAGCGGCGACACCAUCACCAUCGCUACACCUGAGAGCCUCACCGAGCAGGUGGCCAUAACUCUAGCCAGCGCCAUCAGCAACGGUGCCCUCCUGAGCACCACCUCCUCCACAGAAGGCACUACGGCGAUGGAGCAGGACGAGCACUAUGUCAUCGCUUCCUCUGACGAGAUGGAGAUUCAGACUGUUGUGGUGGUCUGACGGAGAAACAAUACAUCUCCUGAAGCUGGAUAAUGUCUCCUAAAGAACUUUUUGACUGUUACCCAAAACCUGUAGCAGUUUGCUUCUCUGUUAUGCCUUAUCUAGAUUAUUCUUAACUGUUUGCACUCACAAAAGGAGGAAAAUGAAUCCAUAUUGGUUUCUUGACUUGUGUAUAAUGAUUGUACAGACACUAGAUUAUUUUUAUAAUCUAUUUGUCUUAUCUGCAAUGAUGCCAAAUCAUCCUUUUUUUUUUUUCUUCCUCCUCAACUUUACAUGCACAUGAAGCUCAAAGGAAUUAUUGGGAAGAGGUUAAAGACUGUAAAUAUUAUGCUGCAUGGGUUUUAAACUAUAUAUUGUUUUGUGUAUAUUUUAUUUAUUUGAAAGAGAAGCCAGUUAUUGGUAUCUACGGUGGUAUGGGUAUUAUGGUGCUUUAGGAUUUUCUUGCUUCUCUCUCAAAAUGAAGCCCUGCAACUAACUUUUUUUUUUUUCCUUCCCCCUUUUUAUUGUCUUUCAAUACACACUGCCACGUUCUCCUAAA